AUGGCGAAAAAGAGGAAAGCGUCUGGUCGAUUCGAAGGCGCCCAAGCGGAGAAUGGAUUCGAAGCCAAAGGCGGCAAGAUGGGUCCAAUUACCACAUACGAAGAUGUCGCGGAUUCGGAGGAUGAAUUCCACAUCAAUCGCGACAAAGUCUUGCUAGACGAAGGCCCGGAUGCGAAGAGGAGGAGAAAAUGGCAGCAAGAGGAUGCUUUUCUUGAACUUUCAGAUGAAGAAGUCCUAGGAUACUCCUCCGAAAGCGACGACGAUGAGGAAGAAGUCGAGGAGCCCAAAUCACGCCGCAAAUCCGCGAAAGAUGAUCUAUCAGACGACGAGGAACAGCAGCAGGACGAAGAUGAGGAAGAGGAAGGCUGGGGUACUUCGAGAAAAGAUUACUACAAUAAUGACGAGAUCCGAACGGAGGCCGAGGCAUUGGAGGAAGAGGCGGAGGCGAAACGACUGCAGCAGAAGAAAUUGCAGAAGAUGGGCGAAGCAGAUUUCGGAUUCGAUGAGAGCGAAUGGUUGGAUGCUGGAGAGGAGGAUGGGGAAGGAGAUGUGGUUACAGAGGUUCUGAAGGAUGUGGAAAUUACGCCGGAAAUGGGAUCAAAAGAACGAUUGAGGAUUCUGCAGACGAGAUACCCGGAAUUCGAAUUCCUUGCGAACGAGUUCUUGCAAUUACAACCGGUGUUACUGGAUUUGCAGCAGCAGGUGGAAGCGGAGAGCUCGAAGACAACAUCAGAGACCUCACAAACGGUUGUGAAAGCUAGGGCAUUGGCGGCGUACUUAGCUGCUCUGACUAUGUACUUUGCGAUUCUCACAUCACCUGCUAAGGGCAGUAGUGCCGAGGGGAAGUCUCUAGACCCGGCGGAACUACGAGACCAUGCUGUUAUGGACAGCUUACUACAGUGCAGAGAGUUAUGGACUAAGGUUAAAUCCUUGAAAGCUCCAGAGCCUGUCGAGGAAAAUUCAGAAGAGGACUCCGCAGAAGAAAUCGAAGCACCAACCUCAAGCCACAAGGGAGACCGCCCCUCGAAGAAGAGCAAAAAGGAACUUGCCCGCCUCUCCGCCAUCUCAGAAGCCUCCGCCCUCCGCGCCCAGCGCCUCGAAGCUGCCGCCGACGAACUGGCAGAUCUGUCCUCCCUCAUCCCCAAAUCCCGCAAAUCCAGCAAGAAAUCCAAGGCCCCUAUCAUCGCAGAAGACGACUCAGAUUUCGGCGAAGAAGAAACCAUGGACGCCAAAUCCGCCGAAGAGAAAGCCGCCAAGAAGAAGAGUCUCCGCUUCUACACAUCCCAAAUCACCCAGAAAGCAAACAAGCGCGCAGGAGCUGGCCGCGACGCAGGCGGUGACGCCGACUUACCACACCGCGAACGCCUACGUGAUCGUCAAGCUCGACUCAACGCCGAAGCCGAAAAGCGCGGCAAGAAACUCGACGAGUACGGUCGCGGAGGCGCCGGAGCAGGCGCUGAUCUCGGCGGCGAAAGCGAUAGUGGAGAUGACAACCUCGCUGAACAAGUCCGCGGUGAUGAGGACGAGUACUACGAUAUGGUGGCCAAGGUGUCGAAAGACAAGAGGCUCGGCAAGGAGGCGAAGAUGGCUGCUAUCAAGCAGGCUAAAGCUGAGGGAGGUCUUGUCCGUGUUGUGGAGGGUGAGGUUGAUGAGGACGGGAAGAGGGCGAUUGGGUAUGUGAUUGAGAAGAAUAAGGGGUUGGCUCCCAAGCGGAAGAAGGAUGUUAGGAAUCCGAGGGUUAAGAAGAGGAAGAAGUAUGAGGAGAAGAAGAAGAAGUUGGCGAGUACGAGGGCGGUAUAUAAGGGUGGUGAGGAGAGGGGUGGGUAUGGGGGCGAGAAGACGGGUAUUAAGACGGGCAUUGUUAAGAGUAUUAAGCUUGGUUGAGGUAGAGAGCUUAAGGAGAAUGAAGAUACUUUUUAUGCUACCUCGUCAUAUGUUCUAUGUUUUGCCAACUGGCAAGAGGUUGCUUGUUGUAGCAAAGCCUUCAGGGGGUAUCCAGUUGUUGACUUCCGGUGUGGCUUUCUCGCUAAAACGCAAGUUUGCUUCGAAAUGUUGCAAGAUCAAAUCCACCAAGGUCAUGAUCAACAAAUGUUGGAAAGUAUUACCCAUUUUCUCCUGAGAGAUAUUAGGGAAUGUAUAGAGAUUGAUAUCUCCCACGACGGUCCACGACGAUCCUCCUAACUUAUCUCAGUAAAUAUCUAAUGUUCCGCAACAAAGCAAAUAAACAGCGGAUAGUCACGUCCACGUCAUUCUCAAUCACUUGGAAAGAAUUCUGGAACAAUUUCCGAUUAGAGUCCUAGGAUGGCAGAGUGAGCUCAAUGUAGUUGAGUUGAUCAUAUGCUCUGACUUCAUCUCCACUUCCCCCAACAAGUGCUUUGUUUUUCCUCGCUAUCAAUUUUCCACGCAGUUAGAUUUCAUUGUUCCCGCCGAUAUGCAGUCUAAAGAUCACUAACACACCAAGAUGAGGGGUCAAGACCAAUUGUAGGCUUGCCGUCAUAUAUGUACUGAUGUUGUCAUCUCGAGUUGCCUUGAUAUCAGAAUGCCAAUUUCUCCGCCAUCCUGGCAUUCCAUGGCACCGGAUAGUCCCCCCCCCCCAACUUCUGGAGAAAUUCCGUUACCCGAAGCUUUGAGAAGCUUUAAAUGUUUGUGUGCGGUCGUCCAGAUCAUGUAACAUGGGAAUGAGUCCAACAAUCGCCACUUCCUCGCAGCCCGUCAAGUUUGCUAUUUUCAACCUAUGAUGGGGACAGAACUGUGCCUUAUUUGUCUCUAGUUAUUUCUUUUGUUUGCCUCUGUCUCAGCAUCUAGCGAUUCCCAACAUGUCUGGAAGUUGGAAUACCAAGACACGUGAUAUGCAACUGCGCCUCGCUCUCCGACAGCCAAGUCACUUGGUGUGCUUGGCACAUAUCACAAACCAACGA